UGUGGAGAAAACGCACGACGUGGAGAAGGUGUUAAUCCAACCAACCAAGCGGUCAGACAGAGCUAAGCAAGCAAUCUAAAACCCAUGGCAGCGGCUCUUGAAGAUGAAGAAGAACAAGGUCACACUGUGGGUCAACUUCUAGACUUUCGUACCGCUUUCGACGGAAGCGUGUUUGAGAAAUAUCAUGUGCUUCCUCUGCAACUGGCUACCCUGGAUGCAGGUGAGGUGGUCAAGAGGCCUCCCUUUAUUAAGAUAGGCCAAUUCCUACUGCAACCAGGAAAUCUUGACCUCCUGAAGGGUCAUCGUGAAGUUUUCAUGAAUGAGUUUGUGAAGUUUUGCAAUUCCCAAGGUACUGCAGUUAAUAUGUCAGACUGCCGUGACGCUGUGGAUGUGGCUGCUGACUACAUGUCUGUGUUUGGCCUCCUCGAGGAGGGAGAGGGGUCAGGGGAUACCUCUAAGGAUCUUCGAAGAAGGAUGAUGGGUUGUGAUGCCGACCCUUACAGUGCUCUACAGGGGGGUAUCGUGUUGGCUGUCUGCAUGGUGGAGUUUGCGCUUUCAGAUUCUAUGCGGCUGUUGGGACGAACGUUCUCGCGGUCAGGAAUAGAUGUCACCCAUGAGUGUGAUGAGACCCUAGCCAGGAAACUGUUUGACUUUUGCAGAGCUGGUGCUCUUUACAAGGACUUUAUGGCGAUCAAUACACUUGUGCAGCUCAUUGACUUUGAUCUGGUGGGAAUCGACGGUCAAUGCUUCUCGCUGCGAAUGAUGCUGACCAUCAGGCCUUACCUUUGUGAUGGCUGGUCCGUGGAUGUUAGAGAUCGUCAGAUGGGCACCCUGAUUGCGACAGGUGCAGGUGAGGAGUUGUUUGAUGCCAUUUUUGAUGGCUUACCUGAUCAUGAUGAGAUAUGUAAUGAGGUAUUCCGUGAGAUUGAUGGAGGUCGGACGGUGCUGAUCAUUCGGAAUGGCAAUGUCGUCAAAGAACGGUACAAGCCGCACGGUGAUGUCCCUACGGUCCUCACAAGGGUCACAACGUCAGCGGAUUCUUCUUCUUCUCGCUUUUAUAAGCUAGGAGAUGGUUGGGUGCUCGAUGAGGAUGAGGCUGUGCGUUUGUACUUUGAAGACUGUUGUUCGCGGGCCAUCAUCUCCACCUCAAACGUAGGAGAGGAAGAGAUGAAAUCCUUGUAUCAUCUCCGCCAAGCUUCUUUCGUAAAAGAGAAAGGAGAUUCUAUUUCCUAUUGUGGUAAAUCUGAGUUUGAGCGGUUACUGCCUGUCGCCGCUUCCCUCGCUUAUCUGUACGACGGCUGCGUGUCUCGGCGCGUGUACUCUAGCUUUGACUCAGUUGUUCAGCAUUUCAGGCUGCGCACAUCAUCGCAGCAAGAGUCGCAACAAAGGGAUUUCCAACAAAUUCAAAAGAAUUGCAAACGAUUCCACCGAAUCUUCAAGGGAACCUGCUGGGAGAGUUUGCCCGAAGAUUUGAUCGUGCGGAUAAUGGAGAUGGUGGUGCAGCCACCACGCCACAUAGUUCUACCUCCGAAGAGCGCUUAGACCAGCUCUUAGGGAAUACGGACCGCCAACCAAGGGGAGGGUCAAUGUGACUCUGUAGCAGCUGCAGCAGUUCAUAUCUGGUGAUAUGGCUGGACUAUGUCGGCAGACGUCCUUGUUACUGUGGUGUUAGGAAGCUGCGGGUACAGUUGUGCCGCAACUGCCCUGCUGAUCUUUCUUCCUCACCUCUCUCAGACUGGCAAGUUCACCUCCCCUGCUGCCACGAUGUUAACGGCCUCUGCUGAUUGUUCUGGCCCGUUUCUGCAUUCGAUCGCUCUUUCUUUCGUUUUCGUUUUGGCAGAAACAGUUACCCCAUCUAUUCCGUGGGACUGCAGUAUGGUUGCUGUCACUUGCUGAAGACGAGAUCGAAAGUUACUGUAGUAAGUUACUGUAGUAAGAAUAGACAAAGAGAGGUGAGGAAGAAAGCUCAGCACGGCAGUUGCUGAUUACUGGCAAGCAUAGAGUCAUAGACAAAGACAAGAUCGAAAGUUACUGUUGUAAGAAAUACUAAGAAUAGAAAUAGACUAGGAAGUGGAUCAUACAGCCUCCACCUCAGGCUCUAGACGCCUACAGAGGGCAUAUCGGCCCGGCGCCGACAUGGUCGCCCAAGGGAGAGACAUUAAUGUUCUUUCGUCCUGAAAGAAAGAUAUAGAAAGGACAGGAAAAAAAUCCUCGUUAGUACGGAUUCUAGAGAGGGGAGAUCAUGAAAUGGUGCUGAUGUUCUUGGUGUUCCUCUAGUAGCAGUUCUUUUGGGCUGUUGUAAUAAAAUAGCCUAACACAC